CUUGACCAAUGGUCUCAUUGCCCAUAGUGAAAUAAUUAAUACUACCUCUGUUUUUUUAGUUGCAACGAUUAGACAUUUUCUAUUCACAUUUUAUAUCUAAUCGUUGCAACUAAAAAAAACAGAGGUAGUAUAUACUACUUCCGUACUUUGUAAGAAAUAACUUAAAUUUUUUCCUAUCACACAUUAUGUUCGUUUUUGCAGCAUUACGUCUAAGUGAUGAACAGUUGAAAAACUUUGCUUUGGCUGACAUCGAAGCUAAGUUACAAAGUAAUGGUAGCACCCUUCGUAAAUUUACCGGAAUGCCAUUUCCAAAUGACUUGAUUGUAUCAGAUGGUCAAAAUAAGCUCAUUAUGGAUGAGCUUUCGUAUGACCAAGAGCAAUUACAAAAGGAGUUUCAAGAUCUUUAUGCUGGAAUGACUGAUGAGCAGCGUGAAAUUUAUAAUGAGAUCAUGUCUGCUGUAUUGCGCGGUAAAGGAGGUGUAUUCUUUGUAUAUGGUUACGGAGGCACAAGAAAGACAUACCUGUGGAGAUUAUUAUGUGCAGCAUUAAGGCGUAAAGGGGAAAUUGUUUUGCCAGUUGCAUAAAGUGGAAUCGCCUCUUUGUUGCUUCCACGUGGGAGAACUGCGCACUCUAGAUUUGGCCUACCACUAAAUGUCGAUGAGAACUCAACAUGUCAUGGCAUUAAGCCUGGAUCGGACUUGAUAAGACUACUUAUGAAGACGAAGCUUAUCAUUUGGGAUGAAGCUCCCAUGAUGCAUAAAUAUUGCUUUGAAGCUCUUGAUAGAAGCUUAAAGGAUGUUAUGCAAUCAAUAAAUCCAGCAAAUUGUUAUAUCCCAUUUGGUGGUAAGGUGGUUGUGUUCGCUGGUGACUUAAGACAGAUAUUACCUGUUGUUCCCAAAGGUAGCAGACAAGAUAUUGUAUUUUCAGCAAUCAAUAGUUCUUAUUUAUGGGACUUUUGUCGUGUGCUUAGAUUGACGCAAAACAUGCGUCUUAGAAUAGGAUCUGAUAAGUCAAAUCUGGAAGAAAUUACGGAGUUCUCUGAGUGGAUUCUGAAUAUUGGAGACGGCAAAGUUGGUGAACCGAAUGAUGGUGAAGCCAAUAUAGAAAUUCCUCAUGAAACAUUGAUAUACGGAGGAGAUGACCCUAUUUCUGGAAUAGUCGAUAGCACAUAUCCUGAUCUACGAGAUAACAUCUGGGAAGCAAGUUAUUUUCAAGAAAGAGCUAUUCUUGCUCCAACUAAUGAAAUUGCUGACAUGGUUAAUGAUCGUGUUUUGUCACGCUUACCAGGUGAAACAAGAACGUACUUGAGUUCAGAUGCGAUUUCAAUGGAGGAAGGGAAUUUCGGAAUACACGAGAUGUAUUCUACUGAAAUUCUAAAUACAAUCAAGUGUGGUGGUUUGCCAAAUCAUAAUAUAACCUUGAAGGUAGGGGCACCAGUGAUGCUACUGCGGAAUAUUGAUCAGACUUCUGGGCUUUGCAAUGGUACUAGGUUAGUCGUGAAGCACCUUGGCAAUCGAAUUAUUGAGGCAGUUGUUGUAUCUGGUAGUAAUGUUGGUGAUAAAGUUUUUAUUUCGAGGAUGACACUUACCCCAUCAGAUGCAACAAAGUUCCCCAUAAAAUUUCAAAGAAGACAAUUCCCAUUGGUUGUUUGUUUUGCAAUGACAAUCAAUAAAAGCCAAGGACAGUCCUUAGCGCACGUUGGUUUAUAUCUCCCCCGACCAGUGUUCAGCCACGGACAAUUGUAUGUGGCUAUUUCAAAAGUUACAAGCAAAAAGGGUUUGAAAAUCUUGAUAUGUGAUAAGGAUCGUGGUAACUCAUCCGUUACAACCAAUGUGGUCUAUAAGGAAGUUUUUCAAAAUGUUUGAAUUGUGUAUAUAAUUGUAAUUGACACCGUUUUUUAUGUUCCAAUAAAAGAAAGUGUAAAUGUU